AUGAGCUCGUCCUCCAACCGGCAGGUGACGCAAGAAAACCGAGACCGUGAAGGUGGCGCUAGAGGAAUGGUCACGCUCGAUACGUCCAGAGUGAUUUCCCCAUCCUCGCCGGACCCACCAGCUUCGAGGGAACGUUCGCCACCGGGUCCUUCGCUCAGCGACUGUGGGGAUUGCUCGGGUUCACCACCUAUCUGCUCCUUUUCCUUGGUGUCCAACGGCAGCGGUGGAAAGCCUCCCAGCGGCAGCAGCGGUGGUGGUGUCAUCGACAACGAAAAUGGCGACAACGGCGACAACGGCGAGCGAUCACCGCAUGCAGGGAAUCUACAGGCGGGAGUCGUUGUCUUGACGCCUUCGCUAUCACCUUGCAUCAAGCUUACGGCGGGAGGGGGGGGGCACUGGUACAAGUCUACGCUGCAGCUACAAUGUGUGAGCUUGGCGCUAUGCUCCGCGUGCCGAAGUGUCCCGACCUUGCACGUGCGUAUCGAUGGUCAGGCGCCCCACAGUUUGUGGGAUCCGAAUGUUCGCACCUCGAGCCGUGUGCCGGUCGUGUUGGCGCUCCGUUUGACAUGGGUGUGUGGCCGGAUGAAUGAUUUUGUUCUGGAUACAGGCGAUAGGCAGUGGAAGGUUUUGGAGGUGCUGCGCCUGGAGAGGUUCAAGAGCAGAUCGCGCCCACAUCGGCCGAAACCAAGGCUGGUGUUUGACCAAGAGGAGUCUUCUUUUUUGUCAUCGACGGCAUGGCCGCCUUCCCUGCGACAACUUGAGUUUGGGGAUGGGUUCACCGUACGGAUCGCCACGCUCAAAGGUCCGCCCUCCCUGGAACAGCUGUCGAUUGGGCAUUGGUGCGACGAGCAUAUUGCCAGGGUCGGUUGGCCGAUGUCUCUGCAGCAGGUAUUUUUCAGUGGAAACUUCGAUCAGCCCAUCGCCGGGGUCGCGUGGCCAACCUCCUUGCGGGUGCUGUCGUUCGGGGAAAAGUUCAAUCAGCCCAUCGCCGAAGUCAUGUGGCCGGCCUCCCUGCAGCAGCUUUCGUUCGGAGGUUCGUUCAAUCAGCCCAUCGCCGGAGUCGUGUGGCCGGCCUCCCUGCAGGAGCUUUCCUUCGGACAUGGAUUCAACCAGCCCAUUGCUAGUGUCAUUUCGUUCGGAGAUUCUUUCAAUCAAAGCAUCGCCGAAGUCGUGUGGCCGGCCUCAUUGAAGCAGCUAUCGCUCGGCCGGUGUUUUGACCAGCCUAUCUCGGGGGUCACAUGGCCGACCUCCCUGCAGCAGCUUUCCUUUGGCUGGUCGUUUCGACAGUCCAUCGUUGGAGUAGUUUGGCCAGCCUCACUGCGGCAGCUAUCGUUCGGGUGCCAAUUCGACCGACCUAUCGCCGAAGUCGAAUGGUCGUCCUCCCUUCGGCAUCUUUCGUUCAGUGUGUGUCUCAACCAGCCCAUCGCCACAGUCGCAUGGUCGGCCUCCUUGCAGCAGCUGUCGUGCGGAUACUGGUUCUACCAGCCCAUCGCCCAAGUCGAAUGA